AUGUCCUCAUCUAAAGAAGAUUUACGCGUGUCUAUAGAGACCAUGAGCGAUUGGUCCCACAUCAAAGCAAAUUGCGCUCAAGCAGCAAAGACCUCGCUCGCGAAAGAGCUUGUAUUGGCAGGUUUAUCAGAAAGCAGCGCUCUCUCUCAACAUUUGGACCAGUUCAUACAAAACACAUUUCGACUAGCCCAGCCCAAUCUACGCGUAAAUGGGCAGAGCUUCGAUGAACGCGUUGAAGAUGAUAUAGAACCUUUUGAUGAGGCUCUAGACAGACAUGUUUGGUCGCUACAUGAUCAAAGACUCGGGCUUCAUAAGACAAUUGCUACGAGUCGCCGAACUGAACCUUGGAAGAUUGAGAAGACUCUGUUGGGUUCAUUAGAACAGAACCACAAGCUUGAUGGUCUGGAAUCCGAAUUCAAUGAUUCCCAGGAGAAUUUGACCAUGGACAUUGAUGGAAUCGAAGACGCUUUGCUACAAACUACUGCUUGGGCCCAAGAGCUAUCACAGUCUAUUCCCAACCAGACAGAACGAACCGCACGUCUACAAAAUGUGACUACUGAACUGAAACGGAGAUAG